GGAAGAGAAAAAGAAAACACGGAGAGAGGAAAAAAGCCCAGGAGACCAGAAGAACCUCGCAGAAUGAAUUCCCUUAUUUCAGACACAGUGGAUUCACUGCAAAUUGAAGUGGAUGAAGAGCAAUUCUUUGAGAAAGACUGCGAGCAAUCCUUGCUGAGUCCAGAAGAGACAGAUGAAUCCGGAUUUUUUGAGGAUAUGAUUUCUGUCAGCAGUGGAGAAACUAAGCUCCCAACAGGAACUGAGUCUCUGAUUGCCACUGAGAGUGACAUAGAUCUCACGGCUCAGCUUGUGCCCUCUGGUGGGUUCCAAAGUCAUUCCUGUGUGACCACCCAUCCCAUCAGUGAAACUGGGCCACAAGCAGAGUGCAAGUUCAAGUACACUUUCUCGUGUAGCCCCUGCAUUUACACAGAAACUGUUCCGGUACACUCAAUCCAAUCCAGUGACUACAGAAUCCAUCACACACCCACUGGCCAUGACUCUUCAAAGACUCAAUACGAGGAGACACCCAGUCGAGGCACCAGCUUUGUCAAGACCUUAGCAUCCAGCACCGUCCCCUUCAGUUUAGGGACAAGUCCCAACCCAGGCCUGGUAAAAGGCAAUCUCAGUGCUGGGAAUGUGCAAGGUUCAGGAGGACAGUUAACUGGGGUCAGACCUGACAACACCAUGGACGGUGGUGACAGGGCACUUGUGCAAGUGCCCAUCUCUGAGACUGAUUCCAACCAGAAUGAAAACUUCACCAAAGAGCCUGAGAAGGCUGGGAUUUUCUCCCAAGCUCCCAAGUAUGAAGAUUGGUUGGUGGGAGAAAAUGAGGAGGAAUUAUAUUGUGAAGCAGGUGAGUGCGAUGGAGUCGACCUGUACACAGAUCCAAGUAAAAAGAGGGACAAACCAGUUGGAGGUUCAGAGGAAGUUUGUAAAUUGCAGCAUUCACUGUCUGUGUUUUUUGGGGAUUUGACCUGUCAAGAACAUGGCAAUGACUCGAUGUCUCAAUCGAUAGCAGAUGUGGUCCAUCCAGACUGGCCUGACACAGCCAGCUCACUGAGAGACCACAGUGCUUCACAGCAAGAAGAGACCAUAAAGAGGAAGAAGAGUCGGCGUCUCUGUUUAUCUGACCCGUUCAUCAAGAACUCCAUCGCAAUUGCCUUCUGCAGGCUUAGGAGGGAACUCACCGCUCAAGUUUUGGAUGAGUUGAGACAAACAUUCAUUGAGGGCUUUUUGGAAAAUGAUCAGUUUUUUGACUUGUUGGAUUCAGGACUUGUCCUGUCAAACCAAGAGGGGGAAAACCUUGUGGACAGAGUGAUUGUUACCAUGCAAGAUGGAGCCCGGUUGGCACUGAGGCCAGCCAAACACGGAAGCAUCAGUUACUACUGGCCCUGUGUGGACUUUUAUGUUGUCCAACAAUUGGGGAGCAACUGGUUCCGAGUGAAGGACAGGACAACACGUCAACUUGUGAUGAUGAAAAAGGUAUCGGUUCUCUCAGACUGGCAGAAGAAACUCCAGAAUUUCUUGAGACUGCAGCCGGAUGUGACCGUGCUCAUGCCUUACGCUGUGAUGUGUGACCGCACAGGAUCAAUACUUUAUUUAACGCAGGAUAGAGCAGUGAUUGGAUUUGGAAGACCAAGAGAAAUUGCUUUUGACUACAGAAAGAUCUUCAAACAAUGUGUAAGGUUCCUGAAUUUUUGUUGGCGUUGUGGUCUUCAUCCUGGAGAUUUUAAUUCCAACAUUGCCUACAGCAGAGAGAAUAUUUACUUUGACCCUACAAGUUUAACUGGACUGGAGGACCUAUAUACCUUUAACAAGAGUCUAAAGGCUGCCUACAGUCUGCUGUUCGAGAUUGGGUGUCAGGAUCUCUCAUUUGAUUCAUUCCUGGAUAUAGUGUGGCAGAAUGGAGAGGAGCAACAUGCACUUCCUGAGAGACAUUGGCUGUUGCCGGUCUGCCCAGGGGUGACCCAAGGUCCUCUCGAUGUCCAAGGAUUUGGAGACUGAGCAAGGAGGUUUGCCAACAUUCUGAACAUAAGUGGAAACAUUCUUCUGUGGCUAUGAGCAAGCAGACCACCAGCCCUCUUCUAUUUUGUACAUUGACUUUACGAUCGGAUUUCCAGGUCAAAUCACCCCGUGUGAGCGUUUGCAAUUGUACCAAGAGAACCUGCUGUUCUCGCACACGCUGCACUCGUUUACUCCUGGGAUCACCCAAGGAUCCAGUCUUGGUCCCUUCCUUUUCUCCCAUUUGUAUGUUGCAGCUCCAGUGAAGACACAUGAUAUACGUCCUCUGUGUACACUGAAGAUUCGUGGCUUUAUCUUCCUACCCUGUCACUCUUAACUGUCUCCACUGCCUUUGUGACAUUAACUAUUCAAAGUAUCUAGCCUUAGGCUCACCAUUUGCGAGAUAUUUCUGCAGAUUCUGAUUUACUCGACUGAACUCUCACCCAGAAUUAUGAUGUCCAUUACUCACACUCAUCUGGUCCCACCAUCCCCCUCUACUUCCAUUAGUCCAAGGGAUACAGAUUUGAAACAGUAUGGCAGAUAAGUGAUUUAACCAUCCAUUGUCAGAAAUAGCUUGACCACUUUAAAACAUUAUCCAGCUCUCCACUCAUCUGCACAAACUGUUCAUUGUUCCAGGUUCACCCUAGCAAUAUGCAAAAAUAACCCCUGGCUUAUAUACAGUGAUCUGCCUGUUUAAACCUCUUAUUUCUGAUCUCCACUUCGACCUCACCCUGACCCCACCAGCCUCUCCUCCAAUAACAAGUGUGAAGAGCUCAUGGAGUUUCUUCGUCACUAAGAUUGAGACAGUCCACUCACCUGUCUCUGCGUGUCCCUCCUUCCCACUCACCCUCCUGACCAAACGCCCUUCAAUUCAUCCCCACUCCCCACCCAGCCCUGACCUCACAUCUUUCUCUAGUUAAACUCUUCUCUCCUUCUCUGAGCUCAUCCUGUCCAUUAGACCCAUCUUAUGUUCCCUUCAUCUUCUUCCUACUAAACACUGCCUGACUUCCCCUUGUAACCUCCAUGUUUCCCGAUAUUGUAAACAGUUCUCUCUGUUCAGGUGUUGUCCCUCUCUCCUUUUAACCCACCGACAUCACCCUCUCCUCACAAAACCAACUCUUGACUGUUUCUGUUUGCAAACUAGUGUCCCAUCUCCAACUUCCUGUUCAUCACCAAGGCCCUUAAACAUGUUGCUUCCCCCCAAAUCUGUUUUCAUCUUUCCAGGAAUCCAAUCUUUGAAUCCCUCCAAUCAGGUUUCUUCUGCUGCCACAGUAUUGAAAUACCUCUUAUCAAACUCACCAAUGACAUUCUGUGUGAUGUGACUGUCGUAGACUUUCCUUCCUGUCACAGUGACCACACCGUCCUCCUCUAACACCUCCCCACUAUCGUCAGGCUGGAAGGGAGUGCUCUCACCUGGUUCCAUUCUUAUCUGAUCCUAGCAGAGAAUCACUUACAAUGGCUGGUCUUUUGCUCCUUCUACGUCUGGUCUUUGCCAAGGAUUUAUUCUCUCAUAGUUCUGAUUUACACUGUCUCUCUGUGACAAUAUCUAUAUGAUCAACACUACUUUUCACAUGUAAGCUGGAAACAGCUGACUCUACCUCAAAAUCACCUCUUUUGACUUCUCCAUUGUUGCUAAAUUAUCAGAUUGCUUUUUAAAAUUGUUUUUCAAGGGCUAUGGACAUCACUGGCUAGGCCAGCAUUUGUUGCCCUUCCCAAAGCCCAAAAGCUACAGAAUGAACAGAAAUUUCCUUCAAAUAAAUAUUGGAAAGACUUUGGUUGCAACUCCAAACUCCAAUCCCGAACUACUGAUUUCAUCCCUUUCAGGUUAGAGUCUGAGAUUAAGUCAUUUCGUUCAUAACAUUGCUACCACAUGUUGCAACUCAUCAGAUGCUGAAAAAAACUCACGUUCAUAUGCAAGAACUGGACAAUAUCCAGGCAUGGACUAAUAAGUGGCAAGCAACAUUUACGUCAUACAAGUGCCAGGCAAUGACGAUCUUCAACAAGAGAGAGUAAACACCCUGUUGGGUUCCAUUGACUGGAAACCGAAGUGGACUAGCCAUAUAAAUACUUUAUGUACACAUGCAAUUCAGAGGCUAGGGAUUCUGUAGCGAUUACCUGAAUUCCUGAUUUCCCAAAAGCCUGUCCACUAUUUACAAAGCACAAAUCAGGACUGUCCACUUGCCUGAUGAGUGCAGUUCCAACAACACUCAUGAAUCCUCACAACAAAUCAGCCCACUUGAUUGGCAUCACGUGCACAAACAUUCACACCCUCCACCACUAAUGCAUUGGGGCAGCAAUGUGUACCAUCUAUAAGAUGCACUGCAGUAACUCAUGAAGGCUCCUUUGACAAAUCCUUCCAAUCAGUGACCUGUAUCACCUAGAAGGACAAGACCAGCAGAUACACUACCCCUGCCAAGUUCUGUCCCAAGCUACACACCAUCCUGACUUGGAAAUGUGUCACUGUUACUUUAGUAUCACUGGGUCAAAAUUUGAGAACUCCUUCCUGAACAGCAUUGUGGUUAUCCCUACACCACAUGGUUUGCUGUGGUUGAAGAAGGCAGCUCCCACCAUUUUCUCAAGGGUAAUUAAGGAUGGCCGAUAAAUACCGACCUUGCCAGCAACAUCCAUGUCCUGUGAAAGAAUAAGCAGUAACAUUUGACCCUGACAUGAACUCUGAAACUUGUAUUUGGGCCAUCACACACUGCCUUUUUCCACCUCCACAAUAUUGUCCAGUUUUGCCCCUGUCUCACUUCAUCUGUGUCUGAAACUCUCAUUCACACCUUUUUUACCUCCACACCCAAGCAUUCUAAUGCAUGCUGGCUGGUUUCCACAUUCUAUCCUUUGUAAACUUGUGGCCAUCCCAAGUCUUGCGGCCUUAAGUGCACUUGCUCUACUACCACCCUGCACCCACUGGACUACGGUGGUUCCCAGUCAAAGCAACGACUUGAUUUUAAAAUUCUCAUCCUUAUGUUUAAAUCAUUCCAUGGCCAUACCUUUCCCUAUUUCUGGAAUCUCCUCCAGUCUCAGAACCCUGUGUGCACCUCCAAUUUCGGUCUCCAUGAGCAUCCCCACUUCUGUGCACCUCCAGGUUCGGUUUCCAUGAGCAUCCCCACUUUUAUUCACUCCAAGAUACGUGGCUGUGCCUUCAGUUUCCUGGGGCUGAAGCUCUUGAAUUCCUCCUACACCUCUUUGCCUCUCUCUUUCCUUAAAGAUGCCUCUUAAAACCCACCUUUUUCACUGAGCUUUUGAUUGCUGACUUAAUAUUUCUUCAUGUGGCUCAGUGUCAUAAUUUGUUUCAUAAUGCUCCUUUGAAACACAAUGGGAUAAUUUUAUUAUAUUAAUGGUGCUAUAUAAAUAUAUGAUAUAAACCAUUGUGUAUCACUGAAUCUUAUUGCACUGAAGGAGACCAUUCAAUCUAUCAUGGUUGUGCUAUCCCAUUUUUCCCUUUCCCCUGCUUUUUUUACAUCGUGAUUACAAAUAUUUCCCCUUCAACUAUUUCUCCAGUUCCUUUCUGAAAGUUAUUACAGAAUCUGCUUCCACUGCUCUUUAAGGCAAUUCGUUCCAGAUCACAGAGUAUUUCCUUGUCUUCACUCUCCUCUUUUAGCCAAACACCGUCAAUCUGAUCACCAACCCACCUGCCGCCAGGAACAGUUUCUCUUUAGUUAAUCUGUCAAACACCUGCCAUAAUUUUGAUUAUCUGAAUUAAACCUCUUGGAUCAGCUCCAGUUUCUUCCAUGUAGAAUGUCUCAGUGUCUUUCUUCCUGUGAUCUCAAAUCUUUAUGCACCUCCUCCUCAUUAGCUUCACAGUUAGCAGAUGUGCUUUUAGCUGCCUCUGCCAUAUUCUCUGGAACUCCAUCCCUAAACUUUCUCCUCUGCUUUGACUUCUUUUAAGAUGCUGUUUAAAGCUGAUCUUUUAGACUGAUCUUUGAGUACCACUCUCUGAGUGUGACCUAGUGUCCAUUUUUGAGAAUGAACCUUUUUUGAAGCAUCUUCGGACAGUUUUCUCUGUUGAAGGUUGUAUAUAAAUGCACCUUGCUCAUCUAGCCUGAUCCUACAGGCCUGUAAUUCAUUCCUUCAUUGCCAAAUGGUGCUGCAUCAGCAGGUUUGUUGGGUAAUAGUCUUGACUCUGAGUUCAAGUGCUUUGAGCUGGGUUCUAAGACUUUGUGUAUUCAAAGUCAACACUCCCAUUGUAUAGGUGAGAGGGUAUUGUAUGCUCAGACAGUUACUACUGUGGGAGUGCUGCACUGUUGGACCUGUCAUCUCAGACAUUAAACUGCUAUUCAGUGAACGUUUAAGGCAUUAACUGGAAGAAAAUGUGAUUUUUAAUAAAGAAAUAGACAUUCGCCUGAAGCUGUCUUAAAAAUGUUUAAGUUGAAUUGCGAUAAGUGCCUUGAAAUCAUGUCAAGUUCUCCAAUAAAAAUCGUGUGGAAAUUAA